AUGGCGAAAAUCUCUCAACAUCAGGGGCGACUCAUACCAAUAUCAGGGGCGACUAAUGAUUUGUCGCCCCUGAUUUUUAGAAUAUUAGGGGCGACAUAUGUCGCCCCUAAUAGAGUCGCCUCUAAAACCAAUAUUUCUUGUAGUGCUAAUGCCAAAUUAUGCGCAUAUGAAGGGAAGGACUUGCAAGAUGGAGCAAUGUACCGACAGCUGGUUGGUAAUCUAAUUUAUUUAACAUUGACUCGACCAGAUAUCUCGUAUGCAGUUGGCGUAGCAAGUUGGUAUAUGCAACACCCAAAGAAACCUCAUUUGGAAGCAAUGCGACGAAUGCUAAGGUAUGUCAAAGAUACCAUUGACUAUGGUCUCUUUUAUAAGAAAGGUGAUGAGGUUAAGAUAGUUGGAUAUUGUGAUGCUGAUUAUGCUGGAGAUCACGAUACUCGUCGAUCAACAACUGGGUAUGUAUUCAAGCUUGGAUCUGGAGUUGUAUCUUGGUGUAGCAAAAGGCAACCAACAGUGUCCUUGUCAACCACUGAAGCAGAAUAUAGGGCAACAGCAAUGGCAACUCAGGAAAGUAUGUGGUUGAUGCAACUAAUGAAGGAUCAACACCAAUCUACAGACAAUGCAGUGCCACUCUAUGUAUUCAAGCUUGGAUCUGGAGUGAAGACCAAGUAG